AUCUUCAUUGACAUGCUAAAACUUUCUAAUAAAAGAUUUUAAUUAAUGACGUGGCAAAUCCAACCCCCUUGUUGCCAAAGCUAUAAGAAAAGACCUGUAAGUAAAAGCUGAAUUAUGGCGUGUGGAGGUUGGCAAAAGAAUGGCAGGCCGAUCGUUUUAUGCUCAUAAUGCAGCUUCUUAUAAUCAUCAGAAUAAAUUCAGUCUUGGGGAAGGCAAAAACACUUUUUCGUUUUCCAUUGAAAAUAUUUUGGGAUUAGAGCGGGAAAAAGAUGGCACUCCAGCUGCAAAACCCCACAGGCCAUGGGUGGAUAAAGGCAGUGAUUUAGGAAAAGAUUGUUUGCCCUGCCUGCAUCUCUCUUCAAUUUCCUGUGCACUCCCUUUGUAUAAUACAAGCAACUGCCUAAAAGCUGAAGAAAGAGUUUUGAAAUGUGAAAACUAUUUCGCAGUCAAUGAAAGAUUUUCUUACAAAAGGGAAUUGAGUUGGUACAGAGGUAGGAGGCCAAGGACUGCAUUCACUCAAAUCCAGAUAGAAAUACUGGAAAAUGUUUUCAAAGUGAAUUCUUAUCCUGGCAUUGAUGUUAGAGAAGAGCUGGCUGAAAAAUUAGAUUUAGAUGAAGACCGGAUCCAGAUCUGGUUCCAAAAUCGCAGGGCAAAGCUGAAAAGAUCCCAUAGAGAAUCACAGUUUCUAAUGGUGAAAAAUACUUUUUCUCAAACAAUUAUAAAAUGAAAAGAAAUGUAUAGAAUGCAUCAUUUUACUGUAGUACAUGAAUUCCUCAUAAACCACAAUGUGUUAUCAGAGACUUAUCAUGUUAAAAUAGGUUUCAAUGUUAUUUUUUAGAUGAGUGUAAUGAUUUUAUUGUAAAAGUAAACAAUAAAUGUUAUUGUUUCAUGA